CUGUGGGGACUUGGGGGCAUGGACCAUGGCCACCAGGACCUCAGGGACAGCAGAGACCGGUGGCUCGAGGCUGUGUCCCUGCGGUUCGCUGCUGAGAUGUGGGCUCUGCAGAGAGAAGAGGGCUCUUAAACCAGCCUAUGGUGAAGCAGCUCAGCAACUGAGCUUUGGAAUCAUGGCUGUGAAUUGGACUGAAUUUGAAAGCAGCUCGGAGAGUACUGCACACAGCAGAGAAGAUGGCAGUGCCAGCUGGGAGCAGUACUUGGAACGGAGAAACCUUGUUCUGCAGUUCCUGCACUCUGACCUGAGCCUCCACCACCUUCACCACCAACGGAAGAAAGCUGAGCUUUUGAAGAAGUGUUGCUUUUACUUGGAGAUUGAGCCCAAACACAUGACUGUGAGAGAACAUAACCUGCAGGUACGUUGCAUUGACAUCUUGGAACUAAUAGAUCCCAUCCAAUGGGAGAGGAUGAAGCAAGUGGGAAAAAAACAGACUGAAAUCCAGCUGUUGCUUUUAACUGAGCUGUUAGAACAGCUGGAACGAGGUCGGGAGGAGCUGAACUGUUGCAUAGAGACCUGUGACAUGAAAACUUUCCUCUCUGAGUGGGACAGGAUUAUGCAGAGACUGUCCAAACUCUCCAAGUUUAUGGAAACUCUCAUUCCCUUGCAAGUGCCAGGACAGGUCUAUGUCAAGCAUCGUUUGGUGACACGUGCAGAACUCACAUAUAUAAACCCCAUCAUUAGGCUUUCUCUCAGUACAAAGAUGCCACUGAUUUUUGAUCGUGAAGAAUCAUUUGCACACAAGGACUGGGCCAAGCUCAAGUGGUUUGAUGAAAAUCCAGAGUCAGGCGUUGAACAAUGUGAACUGCAGAUUAAAAUACUUACAAAUGGGAGUCAGGCAGAAGCAGGAUACAGCAGGCUUCAGCCAGUCAGCUCCAACGUGUGUGUAGUCCAGGACCUGCAGCCUGGCAGAUCAUAUGAAUUCACAAUUAGAAGAUCACACACUCACACAUUUGUCUUUGGAGAUUGGCACGACAGCAUUACGUUGAAGACAAAAACUGACGCUGUUGAAGACGUGGACAGCAGCACUUGGACACUAGAAGGAUAA